GCAAGAUGGCUGACAUUCUACUGAAGUCAGUUCCAUUCGUCCUGGAUUUUCUCGACAUUGACAAUACAGACAUCCUACAAUCAGGCAUUUUGAGUGACAGUUCCUAUGAUGACGACAUAGUGGCUGUAAUUAUUCAUGCAAUGAACCAGAGAGAGUCAGAAAAUGGAACAGAGCUUUAUACCAAGACAAACAGACAUGCGAGAGUUGAGCCAAUUUACAGAAUCUGCAGCGAAGAAGACUACAGAAGGCACUUUAGAAUGAACAAGGUGAUGUUUGAAGAGCUACUUAAAACACUUGAAAGUCAUACAGAUCAGCAGUCAGCACAUUCGGGCGGGCGACCAGAAUUAUCAACAGAAAUGAGACUGUACAUCACCUUGAAUUACUUGGGUAGUCGAAAAAGUAUGAGACAGCUGGCUAAGAUUUACCAGGUUAGUGAAAGUUCUAUUUUGAUCUCUGUGAGGAAGGUUGUUUCUACAAUCUAUCAAGUUAUGCAAACGUUUAUAAAGUGGCCUGAAUCUUCCAGACUGGCAAACAUAGCUGAAAACUUCAGCCAUCUAACAGGAAUGCCCAGAGUGGUUGGCGUCAUAGAUGUAUCACAUAUUCAUGUAAGGGCACCUGUAGCCCAAAAAGAUUACUACACAAAUCUGAGAGGGAAACUUUCAAUCAUACUCCAGGCGGUCUGUGAUCAUAAGAUGAAGUUUCUACACUGCUGCACAGGCUGGCCAGGAUCUGUGGACGAUGCAAGUGUGUUCCAUGAUUCCGAUUUAUACAUGGAUGUCAUGAACAACCAAUCGAAAUUCUUUCCACCUGGGCACUACCUGGUCGCAGAUUCAGCUUAUCCACUUCAAGACUGGCUGCUGACUCCAUUUGAUGAAAGUGAAAAUUUAAAUGAGUCCCAAGUGAAAUUCAACCAGACCCACAAAGACACUGGGGAAGUGAUACAGAGGGCAUUUGCACAUUUGAAGGCAAGGUUUCCUAGACUAUAUUACAUCGAUAUGAUGGACAUGGAAGACAUAGUGAAAGUGAUAUUAGUCUGUUGUGCCCUUCAUAAUUACUGCCAUGAGAAAGGUGAUGUUGAGUUGUUCAAAGAUGCUGAAUCAAAUGAAGAAGAGACAGCUGUUCAUGAUGCCGACUUUAACACUCACAGGGAGGAGGGGAUUGUUAGGAGAAUUGAGAUCACACAGAUUAUUGCGUCUCCACAGAAAUAAUUCAAGUAAACUUUGAACAUUAAUCAUGUUAAUGGAAUGUGUUGGACAGGUUAUCACUAAUGUGAGGCAUAAGACACAUACAAACUACUGCAAGGGCAUUCCAUUGUGCAAAUACUGACGAAUCAAUGUCUUGCAUUCAACUUUGGUAAAGGCAUUGAGAAUUACAAUCAAUGUUAAAAUAAUACUAAUAAUGUUGAUGAUACAAGGAAAUAUGAAAUAAAUGCAUAUGCACA